AUGUGGAAACAAGAGGCUGAGAAAUAUGACAGCUCAAAGAUUCAUAUGAUUGGUAUUAUAUUUUUUAACAAAUAUAUCCAUUGCAGGUAUGCUGUUCCCGGAGCAUCAGUGUCAAUACCGAGCAACACUGACGCUGCAGGGCUCAACAAAAUUCUCAAAACAUUUUUGAAAAAAUCGGGCACUGAUCCAGGGAAGGAUUGUCCAGUGUUUGAAUUCGUAGUUAAAGGUCAGAUACUGGUUGGUCUGCUAGAAAAACAGUUGGCAGAAGAUGACAUCAGUUUAGAAAAGGUUAUAGAAAUAGAGUAUGUGAAACAACAGCCACCUCCCACUCCUAAGGACUCUCUCCAGCAUGAUGACUGGGUCUCCACACUCCAGUGCACAGAUAAGUGGCUUUUGACAGGUUGUUAUGACAACACAGUACACCUCUGGGAUGCUGAUGGCCUCCGUGCUGGUAAAGGAGACAAGGCGCACACACUUACCAUUCCAGCCCACAAGGCUCCGGUCAAAGCCGUUGCUUGGGUGCAUACAGAUUCCCCCACCAAAACUUUCAUCAGUGCUUCAAUUGAUCAGACGGCUGUUGUUUGGGUGUGGCAGAGUGAUACAAACGCAGUGGAAUGUGUGAGUGAAUGUCGAGGCCACUCUCAGAGUGUUGAGAGUGUUGCGGUGUCUCCCUCUUGUAAAAGAUUUGCCACUGGCUCUUGGGAUAACAUGCUGAAAAUUUGGUCUUUAGGUAAGCCGCCAGUCUCAGAGGCAGCAGCAGCAGAUGACAGUGAACAAGAAAAAAAGAAAAUCAAAGGAUCUGCAAAGAAACCAGAGAAAAAGACACCAAUUAUGACCUUAUCAGGUCAUACAGAGAGUGUAGGUUCAGUAGUGUGGAUGUCAAACGAAGAAGUCAUCACUGGGUCCUGGGACCAUUCUUUACGUAUAUGGGAUCUGGAAAUUGGAGGCCUCAGAUCACAAUACAAUUCAAACUGUGCUAUUUUUAGUGUGACAUUUUCUCCAUUAAAUGGUACAGUUCUAACAGGCUGUGCAGAUAAAUAUAUCAGAUUGUAUGAUCCACGUGUGUCAGAUGGCUCCAUAGUACAGCAAAAAUAUAUAUCACACACAAAGUGGGUUCCAAGUGUGAAGUGGAGCUCUGUAUCCGAACACCUGUUUGUAUCUGGUGGAUAUGAUAAUCUGGUCAAGAUGUGGGACUCGAGAAGACCAAAAGCCCCCGUGUAUGAUUUGACAGGCCACUCAGACAAGGUCCUUGCUGUCGACUGGUCAAAUUCAAAAUUUAUUGUUAGCGGUUCAGCUGAUUGUACUGCAAAAGUGUAUUCAAGUGAAAAGAAUGUUUAGAGGUAUAAGUGGAAGAAAGACAUAUUAUUUUAAGGAAAUUUGAAGCACCCCAUUUUUCCUUCAAUUAAGUUCUUGCAUGGCUGACGUCAAUGCCAAGAAGCUCGUAGCCACAACAUAGGUAAGCAGUUGUUGAAAUGAAAAGUUUCAUUGUACAAUACCUUAAAUAAUUCCAGUAUUGGGUCAAUGAAAAGCCUUAAAUUAUGCAUCAACUUUGCCAUGCCUUGGUUUCGUACAUUAUUGAUGAUGCUAGUUGGUAUUUAAAUGAGUUGUUGGAUAUCACUCUGAUUAGAAUUGGUAGCUUCAUGGAAAGUUAAUGGAAACAUUUACGGAAGUAUCUUUUUUUAUGGUAAUGAUGUUCAGUUGAAAGUCUCACUCAAGUGUUAAAAGUCAGUUGUAGUUAUAUGUAAGAGUAGAAUAGUUUUAGAAAAAUUCUAGCUCUGUUUCACCUGUAGCAUUUAAAGUAGCCUUUCAAAGUACAAAAUGUACGUAGCUAUUCCAAAUUAUUAUGAAACUGCAUGGAUCUUAAGGUGAAACUUACCUGCUGCGCUAUAAAAAAUUUAUGCGCACACACACACACACUCUCUCUCUCUCUCUCUCUCUCUCUCUCUCUCUCUCUCUCUCUCUCUCUCUCUCUCUCUCUCUCUCUCUCUCUCUCUGGUCCCUGUAGGCAACAUUUUUUUUUUCUCUUAGUAUCAUAAGACUGUAAAAUCAGCAUCUUUUAAGUCCAGAUUUUGAUGUAAUUAGGGCCAUUUUGGAUUGUCCUGUGCUUUGGUGGGUAUUCUUUGACAGUUGAAAUUGGCAGAAAAGCUAAGUUUCUUUAACUCCAAGGCUCAAGACUCCAUUAACCUUUUUUUGGGGCACCGUAAGUGGAUUUACAGCGCCGUUGCCCAGUUUACAGCACUGUAACCCAGAUUUACGGCACUUUCAGCACCAUAACAAAGCUGUAAGUGCUAUUUAUUCCCAUUAUAAUUAUGAUCUUCGGGUUACAGCACGGCGGCGGGGACGGAACCCUUGCCGUAAACUGGGGGAUUGCCAUCCAUUUGGUACACUUAAAGAUCUUGCAUCUUAGUAGCCGUUCCAAGGCUUGCCUAAAAACCUACCAUCAGUGUCUUAAUGUUUUAUAAUAGUACCUUCAUUAAAUUUAUUAUGAAUCUUUGAUGAAAAUCAUUAAACAAAAUUUUGUUCUAUUACAUCUUUAAUGCAUUCAUAACCUUGUAUUAAUCAUUAUUAUUUUUUAUGUGCCUUGAGAUGCUAUAGACUAUAAAACUCAGUAUUGUAGCAUAGUAAUUUUGGUCAAAUCUAACUAGGAUCUUCACCAUAAGCUCUGGAUUUGUUAACAAAGUCUUAUUGUACAAAUGAUUCUGCUUCUCUAAAAUAUUUUUAUUUUGAUGUUGCCAAAAGCAAAAGUUAUUCAUGACAAACUGUAUGUAGUAAAAAUCUCACCUUAACUUCAUAGCUAUUCAUGCACAACCCUUGCUAUUGGAUGUUUAUGCGUAGAGGAUAGGAAAUUUGUAUUUUUUUAAUUAGUGUGGAGCCAUGUUAUUAGCCUCACUUAGUGUAGCUUAGAGCCAUCAGUUAAUUUUUCUUGGUCAUGGAGUAUUCUAAUGUGAUAAACAGUACGUACGUAGGUGUUAGUCAUACUCCUGUUUACAAUGCAAGAGUGAUAUUCUCAGCCAAACAUUAAAUUACAUUAGGAGGACACGGUAUUGUGACCCCAAAUGAAACCUUGUAGUCAUAAUUAAAUUUUAUUCUAUGCAAAAUUUUAGACUAAUUUAGAACUAUACAACGUAAGAUGUAGUUGUGCGUAUCGAGGUGUUAAGUAUAAAGUUAAUUCAUUUGUACAUGUUGUGUGAUCUUUGCAGUAGAGUGAGUGUUGUAGCAAGUUCAAAUCCCUCACCAAAAAUUGCUUGUUUGGGCUCUUCCAUUUUAAGUUAAAUUGAACAGAGUUCUUAAAAGCUGCUUUUUAAAUGAAUGAGAAGGCUUCGUUUGCAAGAGCAUGGAGAUAGUAGUAAUUAACACAUUGGUUUUAGUGGUGUCAUCGAUCAUAAUAAUGGAAAUAUUAUUAGUGGUAGUAAUAAUAAUAAUAUUAAUGGCAGCACAGAAAUCAAGUUUACAUUGAUCGUCUGUAGAAUGAUUAGAUUCACUUGCUCAUUUUUUUUUAUAGUAUUAUUGAAUUUCAGGCCUUGGUCUUAGUUGAGAGUAAGGCUGGUUAGCUCAAGUUGUUAAUGUAUUUAUGCCAGCCUUUUGACGACAGGUAACUCUUGUUCAGUUUCAUUUGUGAUAUUUACUAUUAUAUGAAAGUAUACUUAGACAUUUAUACUAUCUGAAAAGUGUUCUUCUUCAAAUGGAUUUGUAGUGGUCUGUGUAUGUAGAAGUACCAAGUACUUUCACAUAAUUUUUCCACUGUCAUGCUUAAGUGUCUUCUCUGUGCAGCAUUCCGACUUGGCUAUAUAUUGAUGUACCACAGGAUUUUGUUACAUAUGUCAUAACUGCGGAAAGUAUGUUUUCCUUUUUCUGUCAAAGGGUCCAAUCAUUUGUACUGUGAGUAUAUCACAAUUCUGAGGUUGUUAGUCAUGACCAUAUUGGCUGUAUAUUUGGUGAAAGGCAGGAUAUGCUUUAUAAACAAGUGCUUCAGUGGUGGUGUGUCCUUGUGAAUAUAUAGUUUGUGGUGACAGUCAAGUUUAUGGUCUUGGAUCAGAGAACUUGUUUAGGUAGUUAUUUUUGAUAGAUGAGUUACUUUUAUUUUCCUAGCUGAUGAUAUGUUAAAAGGUGAGGAAUCUUAAAAACAAUAUGGUAUAUUCAUACAACAAACUUGUAUCUAUGAAACUCAAAGUUGUGUAAUGACACCUAUGUAAGGAUUGUCAUCCGAGUUGUUCAUUCUGUAUUAACCAGAAGGUUGUCUUGUCUUUUUCCUUGUACAUACGAUGACAGAGAAUCUUUUUGCUUCCUGUGGCCAUCAAACUGAAGCAAAGGUUAAUGCCAUGAGGACAUUCUGUAGCAACUCGCUUAUCACCACAAUGAUUGCACUGGUAUCUAUUUACCUACCAGAAACUCAUGCAAGAGGCCUGGCUCUCAUUUCAUAAUGCAAAGAUUACCUCCUGCAAGCCUUAAUAAUGAAUUAGUACCACAUUAACAUUGGAUGACAAUCUUACCAUAAGUUACUGCCUUAUGAUAAGUCGUGUUUGCAUUCUUUCAUUUAAGAUUCAACUGCUUGAGUUUGAAAUUCACACCCUUAGCCAUUUUCAGAAUAUAUUUUCUGUAAUAUAUGAAACAUUUUCUUUUCUACUUGCAUACUGUGUUGUGUCUUAAAAUAAAGUGUUUACAAUUAUUA